AUGGGAAAUCUCUUGGUAGACAUUUUUUUAUCUGCACAUUCUGAUUCGACCGCCACUGUACAUGCAAAAAACUCUAUGCAUCUAGAAACGUUCAAUUUUAUUUUAAGGAAAGCACGAAUGAUAAAUGUACAUGCUUGUAAAGGGCCUUGUAUUGUCAUGUCGCAAGAUCUGCUUAAGCUGUACAUGGUCGUCACUAAGCCGGGAGCGGGCAACUCGUAUUGUUUGCUAACACCUGUCGAACUCUUUUCCACUUCUUACUCUAUAGAUACACCUACGUCCGAGGGUUUACGCCAUUUUGUCAUACUUACAGUCAGACACCAACAGAGGCUGCAUAUAAAUAUAAACGGACAACAAGCUGCCAGGAAAAUACCAAAAUGGGAAUAUGCAGAAUGCGAACAGGUGUUUCUUUUAGGACUAGUUGAAAUACCGGAUGGAAAUCACUAUUUGGAUGGAAGCGGUUUUGUGAACUUCGGCUGCUACGUGUACGGAUCAAGUGAGGAGCAGUCGCUGUACUUUUCUAACCCAUUGAUCAAACUGGCACACAGAGAUACAAUAGACACACCGAUAGUAGGGAACGCAGAAGAGCAACGUCAUUGUCGAGAUAAAAAAUACUUUUCCGAAUGCGAGGAUCGAUUCUUCGGCCAUCGCUGCAGCCACUAUUGUGGUUGUGCUGAGGAACAUUGCACUGCGGAUGGGAACUGCAUGGAUAAUGCUGCGUGCGUGGACGAUCGGUUAUUCGGAAGUCGAUGUCUUUUCUUCGAUAUUAUGUCAACCUCUGUGUUGAAGGACGUCAUACCAGACUUGAGAGAUGCUCCAGCAACGAAAUGCUCGGAAGUCUCUUCUAUAUUAAUCGAGUUUAGGACUAUGAUUUACUUCGACUUUCUCUACAUCAAACUCAGCAGUGCAGUUGAUGAGAAACUUCCUUUCGAAAUCGCUUUCUCCAACGAAACCGAUCGAUUGAGCCCUUGCUCCGUGCCUAGGUUGGUUAAGUUAAGUGAAACGGAGAUACGCGUCACCUGUAACUCAAAGAGAUUCGCUAAUCAAAUUUUCGUCAACUUCAACGCAUUGACAGUCUGCGUCCACAGCAUCAAAUGUUCUAGUGGCAUAGACGUGGCCGUAGGAGAAUCAACUGAACUCUACAUCAAUUCAGUUCAAAAUACCAACAAAAAAUCCAUGAUAAUGUUGCCAAUAAUACAAAACAAAACAAAGCACUCGGCAUGCCUCCACGAAUUUUACCCUGGAAAAUCGUUGUCAUGGAUUCUAAAAUUCAAAGUUCCAAAACGCGUGAAUUAUAUCUGGAUGGCUUUGGGGCAAAUGACAGUGGACGAAAACAACCCCAUUGUCGUAGAGAUCUAUAACAAAUCAGACCAACUCCUGCACUCCAAAUCACUUACAUUCGGCCGAAGCAGCUAUGAAAUCGAAUAUACACGGACACAUUUAGUAUCGAAAAUAAAGCUUUUUGCCGAAAACGGAGAUCUUACUUUGUGUGACUUUAUGGCUAUUGGUGAUUGUGAAGCAGACAAAACUGGAUUGUACUGCGAUCUCCCGUGCACUUGUAUUGACGAAUGCUUCAUCGAUGGAAGCUGCUAUACUGCAACAGGUAAUUUAAGCAAUCUUGAAAAAAGCAUUUCCGAUACAAACACUGGAAGAAGCGGAAUGUGGUGGAAGAUAGCUAUUACCAUGUUGUUUUCAAUUAUCGCCCUGAGUGCCCUUGUCGUCGUAGCAGUUCAGAUGUGCAAAAAAAAUAAAAAGCCACCCAAAAAGAUUAAGUACAUAUGA